AUGCGGACCCCACGGAUCGUGAUCCUUGUGUUCUGCAUCUCCUCGACGCUCUUCCUCCUCUUCCGCUCGGCGACAGCGUCCAGACACGCCGCAUCGUCUCGGUACCCCACUGAGAGCCGACCCAACAGAUCGAUCUGGGGACUCAUCUUCUACAACACGCCCUUCUCGCUGUUUCCGCCCAACGCCGCCAUCAGCCUGACCGAUGACAACAGCACCUCUUUUGCGGCUCGGCCUGCAGCGUUCGGGCCCAGUCUAUCGCCGGGCGGUCUGAGCGGGCAGCUGUGGGUUGGGAGCGGCUUUGCUGAAGACAGCUUCGACGUCAACGGGGAGCUCGGCUGCAGCGACAUUCCUGGCUGGGACGGCGCAGACGCAAAACAUGCGCUGAAGCAAAGCGUUCGCGGAGCUGCCUUACGCGCCGAUGCCUUCAAAUCCACACGCCAUCCCCGGGCGCAUGAUGAUCUUCUAAGUCUAGACAAGCCAGCUUCAGAUGCAGGGGCAGGCCUUGACCUGAAGAUUCCUACUGACGAUGGCACCGACAACCACCUUCACGUCAGAUUUAGCAGCGCCCUCCCUCGACAAGACGCCUCUGCAUCCUCCCACGCCGAUAUCCAAUCGAUCCAAGAAGGAGCUGAGAUCAAGGGAAAGAUUGUUCUAUUAAUGCGCGGAGGAUGUGGAUUCUUAGAAAAGGUGAUGUGGGCGCAGCGCAGAGGUGCCAUUGGCGUCAUCGUGGGCGACAACGUCAAGGGGGGACCGCUGAUCCAAAUGUUUGCCCACGGCGACGAGGUCGACAACGUGACCAUUCCGUCAGUCUUUACCGCUCGGACGACCGCACAACUGCUGUCUUCGUUGACGCAGCCUGGCAGUUUUAUCGAAGACACCCUCGACGACAAUGGAAACCCUGUGCUGAAAGUCCAACAGGGCUCCAGAGCAAGAAAGAGCAAGAGCUCGGGUUCGAAGACUGCUCGGUCGAAGAAGUCAAAGAGAUUGGCCAAGGAAAAUCGGUUUACAAAGCGAAAAGAAGUUGAAGAUAAGCCCGGUUGGUUUUCACGCUUUUUCAAAUGGGGCACAUCAUCUCGCGGCGUCCACAGUGAAAGCCGGCCACCUAGCAGCGGCCAAAUAGACUGGAUGGUGGUCGAGGAUCGAGUUGACGAGAAAGACAGCGUUACAGGACCCAGCCUAACCAAACAAAAGAAGCAACCGAAGCAACCGAAAGCAGGAAGUGACGACUUCGUUAUCGGAGUUCAAGACUGGCGGGACCCGGAUGUUUUAAGCAAUGUCAAGGCACCGGCCUCUUCUGCUACUGGUGUCUCUGACAAGGCGACGAGCCCCGACGAGCCCAAGGGUGGAAGCAUUACUCCAAGCAGCGGCGAGUAUAAGCUCCGUAAGGUGUCUGAAGCUGAAACCGAGUCUACCUCGGCCUUUGAGCUCAGAGGAGUCGCGCCAUCCGGCAAGGGCAAGGGCCUCAUCUCUCGAAUCUUUGGCGACGAUGAUGACGAAGUAGACGAGGCUCUUGAGCUUGACAAUGAUGACGAUGAGGAUGACAUUCUAGACGAGGACGAGGAUCCUGUGCAUCACGAGGGUCUCUGGGUCACCAUCACGCCGACCAGUAGCGCCAGUCCGUUCUUCGAUACCCUCCUUGUCCUUGUAAUCAGCCCCUUGGUGACACUUUCCAUCGUAUAUGCUCUCCUGGUUUUGCGUGCAAGAAUCCGAAGGAGAAGAUGGCGAGCACCCAAGUCUGUGGUCGAGCGACUGCCCGUCAGAACCUACCACACCGUCGCACGCUCCCCCAGCAUGUCACCCAGAGUCCCCUCUCCCUCAGGCGCAACAGCAACCACACCGCUACUGCAGUCCAACCCCAGACCCAGCAGACCACGACCUCGAUCCAGGACCGCCAGUGGAGCUUUGGAGAGCGCAAAUUUUCACACUCCAGCUUCCAGCAGCUUGUCUGCGCUACAGACGAAUCAUCGUGCUGGCCGUUCGGGCCACCACAGAGGAGCCAUCUCAGGGGAAUGGAGGAAGUACAUGGGAAGACAGGUAGAGUGCGUCGUCUGCCUAGAGGAAUAUGUCGAUGGCGUGAGUAGGGUGAUGAGGCUUCCUUGCGGCCAUGAAUUCCACGCCGACUGCAUCACUCCAUGGUUGACUACCCGUCGACGAACAUGUCCAAUCUGCAAGGGAGACGUUGUCCGUUCCAUGGGUCGCAGCUCGUGGACCAACCCUAGAUAUGAACCGUACCAUGACGAUGGCGAC